AUGGCUUCAGCGAUUGCAAAACAAUGCCGAAUAUGUUUGGGAGACCAUGCAGGGACUUCAAUGUGCUCACCCUGUCUAUGCCGUGGAUCUGCUGCAUGGGUUCAUCAAGACUGCUUGCUCAGAGCCUACAUGCACAAGGCUGCAUGGCAUGAGCUGGCCUGUUCUAUUUGUGGCCAUGCCUACAUCAGCGAUGUUGCGUACAUGUUAGGUGAAGCCGGGCUCCAGCAAUGCGAGGAGAAGCACGGCAUGGACUCAUUGCAAGCCGCAAGGGUGCUUUGCAGCCUGGCAAUUUCCUGUGGUGACAUGGGCAGAUACAAACAGCAGAUGAAUUUGCUCCGGCGUGCGCUGCGCAUUUAUGAAGGAGCCUUUGGCGCUCAUCACGUCACUGUCGGAGUGACUCUGGGGCUGAUGGCUGAUGCGCAUGGUCAGCUCGGCGAAUACUGCAAACAAAAGGAGCUUAGCGAGCGCGCCCUACUAAUUGAAGAAGAGGCGUUCGGAUCCGGAAGCCCAAAGCUUUGCUCAACGUUGAGCACGCUGGCUGCCGCGCAUCGGAACCUUGGCAAUUAUGGCCAGCAGAAAGAAAUUCUCGGACGGGUUUUGGACACCGACAGCUCAGCAUUGGGCAAGGAGCAUGUGGACACUGCGGCAAGCAUGGUGAACUUGGCAGAUGCUGAAGGCAACCUUGGCAACUACCAAGCACAGAAGCAACUGCUGGUAGAGGCACUAGCCAUCAAGGAGAAGCAUUUUGGAUGCGAGCAUGCCAGCACAGCAGUAGCUAUGGUAAAUCUGGCUGGCGCGCAUGCUCACCUCGGAGAUUAUGCUACGCAGCAGAAGUUACUGCUAACAGCACUCCGUAUCAAGAAAAGAGAGUUUGGCGAGAACCACGUGAAUACAGCUAUUGCAACGCGGAACCUUGCAGACAGCCAUGGACGCUUAGGCAAUUAUCAGCUGCAGAAGGAUUUGCUGGAGAAAGUUCUUUGCAUUGUUGAAAAGGAGUAUGGACCCGAGCACCUGGAAGUUGCACUUACGCUUGGUGGCCUCUCACUGGCCGAGGCAGGCCUUGGGCACUACAAGAAGCAGUUGGAGCUAGCAAAGCGAAGCGUGGCCAUUAUUGAGAUUGCAAACGGCCGCAGGCAUGUGCGGACCGCAGCUGCUUUGAGGCUGCUGGCGCAAGCGUUUGCUAGCUCUGGUGAGUAUCUGCAAGAAGCAGAGAUUGCCAAAGAGGCUUUCGACCUUCUGAGCGAAGCUUAUGGCCCUGACCAUGUCUUAGUUGCAGAAGCGCGAGCAGCUUAUGCCCACGCCGUUGGCAAUCUUGGCCAAUACAAUUUGCAGCUCCGUUUGACCACGGCAAGUCUGGAUAGUUUAGAAACACACUUUGGGCCACUGCACUUGUCCACCCUUAGCUGUGUGGCAAACCUCGCCAGUGCCCACGCAGAGCUGGGGAACUUUCGGGCCGCAUGCAAUGCAGCGCAGCGUGCCUCGGAGAUAGCAGAGGCCAACUUCGGCGGCGACCACGUAAUGACGAUGAGCAUGCUCUGUCUCCUUGCUAAUGCCCAAGGGGCAUUGGGCAACUUUGCCAAGAAGCAAGAGCUCUUCCAGCGUGCUCUUGGCAUUGGCAUCUCCCGACUUGGAGAGGAGCAUGUGGAUGUGGCACUUCUUCUUAGAGGUCUUGGAUCGGCAUUUUCAGAAACGGGCGGCGCAAGCACGGCCAAGCCGUUGCUCGAGAAAGCUUUGAAGAUUCAGAGCGAAUACUUCGGAAUGGAGCACUUGGAGACAGCAAGAACGCAGCGGUGCCUUGGAAUGGUCCUUCUGGGGCUCGGCCACGCGUCAGAAGCGCGCGACAUUCUGGAGCAUGCGCUCUCCGUCUUUCAGAGCAAGCUCGGAGAGGCACAUUUGCAAGUGGCCAAAACCCUUCGGCAUUUGGCCUUGACAUAUUCCCCUGGCACACCGGAGCGAGCCAAAGCGAUCGCUCGGGCGCUUCCUAUCUUGGAGAGAGAGGUCGGCCCGAGGCACUCCUGGGUGGACGAGCUGAGAAACCUGCAGACCGUUUCUGCUAAACGGCAGAAGCCAUCUCCCGAUUGA